AAAUUAGAAGCGAUGCAUGACGCCGUUUCAGCCCUACUGUGACGGGUAGUUUGUGUCUUUUUGGAGCUUUGAACAUCAAACAUCAAUCGAAAUUAGGCACAACAAUAUCUGUAUAGAAAAGGUCGGUGUGUAAAGUUUUGAUUAUUUUUUGUUUGUUCCUGUUGUAAUGUCGGUUGACGCAGCAGCGCGCGAACAAAGUGAUGUACUGACGCAUUUGAACGAACUUUGGCGCAGCAUAGAGCAGGAGAUACGGACCCACCGUCACGAACAGGAACGCACCCGGACGGUACUGCAGGAGCAGCUUGAACGUGUGCAAAGUCAGGCACCCGACAAGCUCGCCGCGGAAACGGUUGCUGAGCCGGAUUACAAACGUGUCAGCGAUGAAGUGAUCCGGAACCAGCAGAAUCAAAUUCAGCUGAUCAAAGAGGAAAAAGAUACGUUUGAGAAGCUGUGGCAAAGCUCUCAGCGAACCAUUCGCAUUUUGGAGCUCGAAAUUCAUGAGUACCGGCGGCAAUUGAAGCAGCCUAAAGGUAUACUCGAAGUACGGCAACAGUACGUGGCAGCCGUGCAGCUGCUCGAACAAAACCUGACAGGCGUGCGGGCAUCGCUGGAUGAAAAAAUAGCCGAAAACCGACACCUGCAGAACGAGCAGCGGACGGCAAAGGAGCGUAUGCAGGAGCUGGAGGAAGAACUGAAAGAGCAAAGGCGCGAGACGGAAGCACUAACGAAGGCAAUCGACGAGCUGCGGACAGGCGAGUGUCAGCUGCGCACCGAGCUCGAACGUACGAUGCGGGACAAGUCGGAGCUGGAGACGCUGCUCGAUACGGCUGCCGCACUGGCCCGGCAGCACAUGAGCCGGGAAAAUCUCGCCCUUGCCAAGGUGCAGGAAGCGCUCCAGCUAGCGGACAGUGCGAUCGAGGAGAAGAACUGUGUGGUGCGCCGCGAACAGGAUGCCCGGGAGGAGUGUGACUUUCUAGCGUCCACCAUCGGGCAGGUGAUGGAGGAGGCCGCCCGCAAGGUGGAGCACGAGCUCGGCGGACUGCGCAGUGGGUACGAGCGGCGGAUUGGGGAGCUGGAGCGGGCUCUUGACCAGACGCGUUCCAUACUGGAGACGCAGGUCCAGCGCACGAGCCAGGCCGAGACGCGGGCCCGCACGGUGGAGGAGAAGUUUCGCGCGCUGCUCAAAACCAACCAAAACCUCGACACCGAUCUGCGGGCAGCGUCAAAGAUGAUUAUUGAAAUGGAACUCAAGAUGGAAGCACUUCAGAAAACGAUGGCGAAGGAAAAAGAAACCAACCGAGCGUGCAGUGCACGCGAGGAAGACCUGCAGCGCCUGUUGGCGAACAGUGAACAGCUGAAGGAGCGCUGGAAGCGCGAGAUGCUUUCGGUAACCGACGAGCUGCGGCGAAAGAUGGAAACGAUGCAGCGAGAGAAUUGCAAGCUGACAGCGGAAAACAAUCAAUUAAAGGAUCAGCUAUUAAUGGCAUCGUCACCGUCGGCGGCGAUGGUGUCGGCGGUUGGCAGCGAUGGAUGCGCCCACUUGUCGUUGGUCACGGUCGGUGCCGCUGAGGGCGAGUCGCCAAACGUUCAACCCUGAGCGAAAGGGGUUGCGCUCACCAUGGUACUGCUGCCAGCACAAAUUUCUACCCACAGCCACAACCGACGGUACUUUGCGGCAGCACCAGAGGAUGAAUUCCAUUAGCGAGAGAUGGGACUGGCCAUCGGGACCGGUGAAACUAGGGCAAACAAAAGGAAACCCUCACGGGGGUUGUAAUGAUGCCAAGUUUACUGGGCCACGGACUAUGUGUGCCCGUAAUACAAUCGAUCGACAAAAAGAAAGCGUAAUUGAUCGGCUCAACGUUAAGCACUGGACGGAGUACUCACUUACGACCCCAUCCGGAAGAUAAGGACGGUUUCCAUCAAUAGCAAAACUGGGGGGAAGUUAGUGUUUGUGGCAAAACUUUUGCCGUAUCUAUUUCAGCGCUAUUGAAACGCAUCGUGGCUAUCGACAACGCGUACCCUUUUACCGAAUGGCUACGAAUGGCCAUAAUUAGCCGUAAUCAGCAUCGUAAUGAGCAUUUUUCCACCCCUUCGUAAACGGUCUAAGUUCAACAACUGUAUUGUGCUUGGUUUUGGGAAAACUUGCCGCUUCCGUUGGCGUCGUUUAGUUAGCUGGAAAUAAGUACCAAGUCAUAGAUAUGAAAUAACGUUUUGUUUCCAACAUCGAGUGGCCGUUGUUGGGGUGAUGCUCAUUAAGGGAAGUAUUGUGCGUUACUAUGCGAAUGAGUGAAGAGGCUGGGCACUUGACUGAUUGUUUGCGUGCAGAGAUUGGAA